GGUUCCGUACAGCAAUAUGGCUGCGCCCUGGAACUAGGGAAGCAAGGGUUUGCUUCCGAAAAGAUGGCGGCCAGGACCAGUUUUAUAUGAGUGCUGUUUCCACGGGGCGAGCCUAGGAGGCGGCGUGAGGUGUCCUAACGGACACUCACCUUUUAAGGAGUUAGUGACUUGAAUACUUGGACGAUGUGGACUAGUGCUUUGAUUCAAGGACCAAAACAGGACCACAGAGGACCAAAGAAAGGAUCAAACUGAAACUCGUCUUUGGCUAAGUUGGCUGAAAAUUUUUAAUGACCAAUUCUGAAAUUAAGUGACAUUUAAAGUUCUUCAUUUUUGCCCCUUAGGGGUGGCAUGUAUAUUUAGAUAUAAAACCUACUGUGGGCACAAAGCACAUCAUCGAGAUACAGGACAUUGAGAACGUAAUUACAACAUUGGGUAUCAAACCCAGAACUCCCAUACCGAGCACUCCCAGCCCUUGUUCUGAUUCUUGAUUAUCAGACCCCUCCCCCACCCAGAAUGUCCGUGGUGCAUCAUUUGCCACCUGGAUGGUUACUGGAUCAUCUUUCUUUCAUUAACAAAGUCAACUAUCAACUUUGCCAGCAUCAAGAGCCUUUUUGUAGCAAAAACAAGCCCACUUCUUCUGUCUACUUGGAUUCUCUUCAGCCAGAUCCCGUGUCUCCUUUUGGAACUCCUGCUCCGUGCUUUGCUCCUGACGCCACUACUGUGUUAGACAAGGAGGAUGGUGGAAGUUGUGAAGUGAUCACCCAAAAAUAUGUUUUUCGGUCCGAACUAUUUAAUGUCACCAAACCUUACAUAACUCCAGCCGUUCACAAAAAGGACCAACAAAGUAAGAAAGAUGAAAAUCUAGUGACCGGUGAAAAACAAGAGGUCUCUGUUUCUGUUGGGAAGAAACGUAAAAGAUGCGUUGCUUUCAAUCGAGGUGAAUUGGAUGCUAUGGAAUAUCAUACAAAGAUCAGAGAGCUGAUUUUGGAUGGAUCUUCUCAGUUAAUCCAAGAAGGUCUCAGAAGUGGUUUCCUUUUCCCACUUGUUGAAAAACAUGAUGGCAGUAGUGGACGCAUCACUUUACCGCUUGAUGCCUGCAAUUUGUCAGAGUUAUGCGAGAUGGCAAAGCAUUUGCCUUCCUUGAAUGACAUGGAGCUUCAAACGCUACAGUUGAUGGGAGAUGAUGUGUUUGUUACAGAGCUGGACUUAUCUUCACGGAUCAUUGAAAACAACUCUAGCUUUUCCAAAAUGAUCACUUUAAUGGGACAGAGAUAUCUGCUGCCACCAAAAAGCAGCUUUCUUUUGUCUGACAUUUCUUGUAUGCAGCCACUUCUUAACUGUAGUAAGACAUUCGAUGUGAUUGUGAUUGAUCCACCAUGGGAGAACAAAUCGGUUAAAAGAAGUAACAGGUACAAUAGUUUAUCCCCACAGCAGAUAAAGAGAAUGCCUGUCCCUAAGCUGGCUGCUCCUGACUGUCUUGUCGUUACUUGGGUGACCAACAGGCAGAAGCAUCUGUGCUUUGUGAAGGAGGAACUGUACCCUUCAUGGUCUGUGGAAGUCAUUGCAGAGUGGUACUGGGUAAAAAUCACAAAUUCAGGGGAGUUUGUGUUCCCAUUGGAUUCUCUACACAAAAAGCCUUAUGAAUGUCUUGUUCUGGGGAGAGUUAAAGAAAAAACUGCUUUAGCAUUAAGGAAUGAAGCUGUAAGAACGCCCCCGGUUCCAGAUCAGAGGUUGAUCGUCAGUGUGCCCUGUGCUCUGCACUCACACAAGCCGCCUCUCGCCGAAGUUCUGAAAGACUACAUCAAGCCAGGUGGCCAGUGUUUGGAAUUGUUUGCUCGAAAUUUACAGCCAGGUUGGAUGAGUUGGGGCAACGAAGUCCUCAAGUUUCAGCACAUGGAUUAUUUCAUUGCUCUGGAGUCUGGACAGUGACUGAAAAGGUGUGCUGCCUUUACCCCAGCUCGUUUCUCUGAACUCAUUUCCCCUUGUACCAGGCAGUGUGUUAGACGUAUGAACUUUUAUAGCAAUCAGUGUGCGUAGAAAUGUAUAUACGUCCCCCACAGCCCUUUGCAGUGAGUCUCUCCCUUCGCUCCCUGAUCUCUGGCAAACAGUGGUUUGUUUUCUCACGUUAGUGUUAGUGUUUCCUGUUUAGAAACCUCUGGAUGUGGAGCCAUGUGGUGCAGAAACCCUUGAGUCUGGCUCCUUCCACUUAGUAUUCAGGAAAACCACUAGCACCAUUUAUAAGCCGCUCCCUGCGUACUUAGGAGAUGGUUAGACUGAAAGCACUUGGACAAGCUCACUUCACCUACUCACUUUUUCACCAGACAUUAAUUCUGAGGUUUGUUCAUCUUUUGAGGGCGUAAGGCUAAUGCCUUUUAUUAUUACUUUAAACUGCCAGUUGAAUACACGACUCAUUGAAUUAUUAAGUAUAUUCCUUUAAGCUUUCUAUGGAGUUUUCCUGUCUAAAUUUUUUUUGUUCGUUUGUUUCCGUGCACCGGAUAUCCUGACCCACACCUGACUUUCUGCCUUAAAAAUAAAACCAAGGCCACACCUCACUUGAGCCUGGCUUAGUUGCUGCCCUUGCUCUGCCCUCACUGGGCUUUACCACUCUGUCCAUCCCAGUUCUCAAACUCCUCCUCUCUGGGGUCCCAAGUCUCCCUGCUCAAGCUCCCAACUCUAGACACAGUUCAUCUUUUGGGACAGACUCUCAUGAUGUAGCCCAGGUUGCCCUUCAACUUUAAUCUUGCUACCCUGGGUUACAGGCAUGCAUUACCAUACAAGGUGCUAGAUAUAAACCCUGAAAGGAUUUUUAUUUUCAAGAACAUAUGAGGUUAAGGCUUUUCUACUGAUAUUUAAAAGAUUAUAACUAUUUCAAAGGGCCAUUCUGUGCUUUUUCUUUUUUUUUUCUUCUUCAAUUUUAAAAACAAAGUAUUAUUUCUAUGUAUUUGGGUGUUUUGUUUGUUUGUAUGUCUGUGCCUAUGUAUGUGCCCGAUGCCUGCAGAGGCCAAAAGAAUCAUUGGAUCCCCUGGAGUUACAGAUGGUUGUGAGCCACCAUGUCCUUUAGAAGAGCAACCAGUGCUCUAAACUGCUGAGCCACCCUCAGCCCUGGGCUUCCAUGCCCCUUCACUCUUCCUUUUGUGCACCACUGACUUGUUGCAGGAUUGGGGUUUUCCACUUGCAGCCCUGCUCCUGAAAUGAUUCUGAGACUUAAUUAUGAGUAAAUGCCUAGCCAUAGGUUUUGGCUGCUUUCCCAGCUAACUUGUAACAUAUAUAAUCUAUUUAUUGUAGUCUGUGUCUGUCAUGUGGUUGGUUACCUCUGCUCACCUUCAGAUGUCCAUCUCCUCUGAAUCUUGCAGGCGAAUCUUACUGCUCUUGACUCUCCCAGAAUCCUUUCUCUCUCUGCCCAAUGUCCCACCUUCUAUUUCCUGCCUCAGCUAACAGGCCAUCAGCUUUUUAUUGACAGGUGAAGCUUCCACACAGUACAGAAGAGAUUGCCUUGGACAUGCCAGAGCACCGUGUGCAUAGUUCCCGUUUUGCUCAUCAUCUUGCUUUAUCCUCAUGUUUAUUCCUUUUCAUUUUUAAAAGUUGUAUCUUAUGAGUGUCCUAUUUGCAUGUAUCUAUGCCUUGUGUGGGCAAAAGCCAGAAGAAGAUGUUGGAUCCUCUAGAAGUGGAGUUACAGGUGGGUGUGACCUGCCACGGUGUUGAAAUUUGAACAGCAAAUACUCUUUUUUUUUUUUUUUUUUUGGGUUCUCUUUUUCGGAGCUGGGGACCGAACCCAGGGCCUUGCGCUUCCUAGGCAAGUGCUCUACCACUGAGCUAAAUCCCAACCCCUCUUUUUUUUUUUUUUUGUUUAUUUCUAUAUAUUUUUUUUUUAUUAACUUGAGUAUUUCUUAUAUACAUUUCAAGUGUUAUUCCCUUUCCCGGUAUCCGGGCAAACAUCCCCCUCCCCCCUCCCCUUCCUUAUGGGUGUUCCCCUCCCAACCCUCCCCCCAUUGCCGCCCUCCCCCCACCAGUCUAGUUCACUGGGGGUUCAGUCUUAGCAGGACCCAGGGUACCCCUUCCACUGGUGCUCUUACUAGGAUAUGCAUUGCUACCUAUGAGGUCAGAGUCCAGGGUCAGUCCAUGUAUAGUCUUUGGGUAGGGGCUUAGUCCCUGGAAGCUCUGGUUGCUUGGCAUUGUUGUACAUAUGGAGUCUCGAGCCCCUUCAAGCUCUUCCAGUUCUUUCUCUGAUUCCUUCAACGGGGGUCCUAUUCUCAGUUCAGUGGUUUGCUGCUGGCAUUCGCCUCUGUAUUUGCUGUAUUCUGGCUGUGUCUCUUAGGAGCGAUCUACAUCCGGCUCCUGUCGGUCUGCACUUCUUUGCUUCAUCCAUCUUGUCUAAUUGGGUGGCUAUAUAUGUAUGGGCCACAUGUGGGGCAGACUCUGAAUGGGUGUUCCUUCAGUCUCUGUUUUAAUCUUUGCCUCUCUCUUCCCUGCCAAGGGCAUUCUUGUUCCCCUUUUAAAGAAGGAGUGAAGCAUUCACAUUUUGAUCAUCCGUCUUGAGUUUCAUUUGCUCUAGGCAUCUAGGGUAAUUCAAGCAUUUGGGCUAAUAGCCACUUAUCAAUGAGUGCAUACCAUGUAUGUCUUUCUGUGAUUGGGUUAGCUCACUCAGGAUGAUGUUUUCCAGUUCCAACCAUUUGCCUACGAAUUUCAUAAAGUCGUUGUUUUUGAUAGCUGAGUAAUAUUCCAUUGUGUAGAUGUACCACAUUUUCUGUAUCCAUUCCUCUGUUGAAGGGCAUCUGGGUUCUUUCCAGCUUCUGGCUAUUAUAAAUAAGGCUGCAAUGAACAUAGUGGAGCACGUGUCUUUUUUAUAUGUUGGGGCAUCUUUUGGGUAUAUGCCCAAGAGAGGUAUAGCUGGAUCCUCAGGCAGUUCAAUGUCCAAUUUUCUGAGGAACCUCCAGACUGAUUUCCAGAAUGGUUGUACCAGUCUGCAAUCCCACCAACAAUGGAGGAGUGUUCCUCUUCCUCCACAUCCUCGCCAGCAUUUGCUGUCCCCUGAGUUUUUGAUCUUAGCCAUUCUCACUGGUGUGAGGUGAAAUCUCAGGGUUGUUUUGAUUUGCAUUUCCCUUAUGACUAAAGAUGUUGAACAUUUCUUUAGGUGUUUCUCAGCCAUUUGGCAUUCCUCAGCUGUGAAUUCUUUGUUUAGCUCUGAACCCCAUUUUUUAAUAGGGUUAUUUGUUUCCCUGUGGUCUAACUUCUUGAGUUCUUUGUAUAUUUUGGAUAUAAGGCCUCUAUCUGUUGUAGGAUUGGUAAAGAUCUUUUCCCAAUCUGUUGGUUGUCCUAACCACCAUGUCCUUUGCCUUACAGAAGCUUUGUAGUUUUAUGAGAUCCCAUUUGUCGAUUCUUGAUCUUAGAGCGUAAGCCAUUGGUGUUUUGUUUAGGAAAUUUUUUCCAGUGCCCAUGUGUUCCAGAUGCUUCCCUAGUUUUUCUUCUAUUAGUUUGAGUGUAUCUGGUUUGAUGUGGAGGUCCUUGAUCCACUUGGACUUAAGCUUAACAGCAAAUACUCUUUUUUUUUUUUUUUUUUUGGUUCUGUUUUUCGGAGCUGGGGACCGAACCCAGGGCCUUGCGCUUCCUAGGCAAGCGCUCUACCACUGAGCUAAAUCCCCAACCCCAACAGCAAAUACUCUUAACCAUAGAGCUGUCUCUCUUUCCCUGAACCUGAGAUCCUAACAACAGUAAUACUAGCUCCCACUCAGAGGGAUUAGUGUGUGUGUGUGUGUGUGUGUGUGUGUGUGUGUGUGUGUGUAGAAUGUUUCUUACAUUGUCAUGGAAACAUAUCCUUUUCAAUGUACUGUAGCAUCAGUUUCCUUAAGUUUCUGACACAGCGUUUCUUGUUAGAGAUUUUUUUAGGUGAAUUGAUAGCCUGAGAGAGGUUUAAGAUCUAAUGAGCUGGUAACUCCUUUGACUAAGCUAUUAAUGUUAGUAUUACCUCGAGUUUUUCUACUCGUCACUUUUUAAGGAAGUUCUACAAAACACAGAAUACAGGUGGUUAUAAGGGGGAGAUUCCACAACCCAAGGAUGCUACAAAUGAUCAUGUUGUCUGUUUGGAUGUAUGGAAGCAACCCAAAACUCCACAGAGAGUCUUAAUUGCUAGUUCUGUUACUAGUCUGCUUGAGUUUGAUGACAGGUCAGAACUGUCAUGGUAUUGAACCACAUGUCAGCCUUUCAGCCUUUCUGCAUGAAUAUUCUUUUUUUCCCCUUUUUUUCUUUAUUAACGUGAGUAUUUCUUAUUUACAUUUCGAAUGUUAUUCCCUUUCCCGGUUUCCAGGCCAACAUCCCCCUAGCCCCUACCCUCCCCUUCUAUAUGGGUGUUCCCCACCCCAUCCUCCCCCCAUUACCGCCCUCCCCACAACAAUCACGUUCACUGGGGGUUCAGUCUUAGCAGGACCCAGGGCUUCCCCUUCCACUGGUGCUCUUACUAGGCUAUUUAUUGCUACCUAUGAGGUCAGAGUCCAGGGUCAGUCCAUGUAUAGUCUUUAGGUAGUUGCUUAGUCCCUGGAAGCUCUGGUUGCUUGGCAUUGUUGUUCAUAUGGGGUCUCGAGCCCCUUCAAGCUCUUCCAGUCCUUUCUCUGAUUCCUUCAACGGGGUUCCCAUUCUCAGUUCAGUGGUUUGCCUGCAUAAAUAUUCUUAGAGCUAAUCUAGAUCUCCUAGUUCCUGUGAAUCUGAGUGGCAUCUACAGAUUCUUUCCCCAAGAUCAAUCCAAAUCCUUGGACCAGGUAAGAGCAGAUGGACUUGUAGGAUCGGAGAACUGGAGCACCAUUGUCCACUGGUCUUUCAGGUUUGACAGACCUAAGUAUCCAGUGUCCUGCUGGACACCCUAUAAUGAUGGCUCAGGCAAGUGAACGGUGGGUGGCAGUAUGGGGAUUGCUUUAUUUGGUGUCAUUAAAAAUAAUAUAACAUCCAGGUCUUUUGUCAUUCAGCACAGGCUGGUCUUGAACUUGCUAUGUAGUUAAGGCUGAAACUUUUACUCAAUAAGCCUGGCCUAAAAAACAUUUUUACUAGAGGAACAGACAGACUUACACAACACAGUAUACAGAUAUAAGCACCACCUCAGAUAUAUAGUCCAAAGGCAAAGCCCCUUGGGUUCCAUGCAUCUUGAUCUUAGACUUUGGAGGUUGCUAGGUCCUAUCCUCUUCUGUGUAACACUUGAAAGUUGCUUUAUGAGAAUUGCCUUACACUGUUUUCCAUGUCUGUAGCGCUUUAUUCUGUCCAAGCCCCACGUUGUUUAGUUGUAAGUUUUUCACUUUGGUGUAGUUUUACAGGAGCCUGAAAGACACUUGAAGUGGCCUCUUGAAGAAGCAGAAUGUUCUUGAUGUUCUUAUCUGCUAAGAGACUCACUGAUGGUAACAUUGUACCACAUUGAAUGAGGUUUAUAACCUGUUCAGUGUUCCACCACUUACAUAGUUAUACACAGCUCAUAUAGCUCAUGUGUUUUAAGGUUUAACUUAGAAUAGCAGUGGUUGAUAGGACUUAUCCAUGAUUCACAAAUCUGGUCUGAUGGCCAGUUACAGAGCGGAUUCCUUCCGAAUGCUAGUUGCCCGGUUUGGUAGUAGUCUGGGAAGGACAUCCCUCUAUCACACCUGAGAUGUUCAUAUUUUAGUAACUGUUUUCCUAUGUUUCUGCAAAGGCACACUGUCAGUUGAGUAGUUCCUAGAUUCUAGACUAGACACACCUGUUUCCAUAAACGUCUCAGUGUGUGCAUCUGGAUGAUCUGUAGGCUAGGAAGUAGCUGAGCUGCUACCUGCUAGUGCUUCUGUGUGGUAUGUGUAUUGAGAGCCAGUUGCAGUUGGGCACCCUCCCUUUCUUCCCUCAGGGUGCCUAGGUGCUGCCUGAAUGGGUGGGGUCUCCAAGGAUUUUAGUGUUAGAGCAUUUUUUAGGCAAUACUUAAUGGAACAGCUCUCUUGGAUGAUCGUCAGUGAAACAGCUGGUGUGCAUAUGCUUUGUUUGGGGUGACUAAGGGUUAUAUAUGAACCUUGGAGAGUGGGAAGGAGUUUCAUGGUGACUGUAAAAUCAUCGGCAGGAGCUUAACAUACUGUGAACGCCUCAUUUGUAUAGAGAAGCAUUCUAGGAUUCGCAGGUUCUUGUUGGGUGGGUUCCUAUUGAGAAAGAGGAAGUUGAACUUGUAGGUUUGUCAAGGACUAUGUGACAUUCUUCAGAUAGAAAACUGGGGGUCAGGCUCCCCAGAUCAGUAAAAGAAGAGAAAGCCCUGCUAAGAAAAGGGUGUCCUCUAUUUUGUGCCAAGCUCAGAGUUGUUAUCUGGACUUGGUAGACUACAACCUUAGUAAUGAGGUGCAGCACUUCUCGAUUACUGUGAUGUAGGAUAUGAAAUAAAACAGGAAGGAUGUGCUCAAUAGUAUCUAAUGGGUGCAGAAUUCUUGUGAAACGAGAAACAGAAGUUUGGAGGCAUUUAACUAAUGUCACCUAAUUGAAGUAUGAUACCAGGAACUACACAAAGAGCCAACAGUAGGUUGUUGACACCAUACUUUAAUCUCACUCAGAAAGGGAAAUAAAAUAGUCAUCUGAGGUGGAUGGAGGGAGGGAAUGGAUUGGAGAGGGAUGUAUUGCCAAACAGCACUACAGUCAGUUUUGGGGUUGUAAUGUCAUGUUUGUUCAGUUUUACAUUUGUUUUGGGUGUGUGUAUAUAUGAGGGUAGAUACCUUGGGAGGCCAAAAGAAGUCAUCAGAUCCCCUGGAAGUGGAAUUAUAGAGAGUUGUGAGUUUCCCUGUGUGUGUGUGCUAGAUUAAAUGUGGGUCCUCUGCAAGAGCAGCAUAUACUUUUAACUGCAGAGCCAUCUUACCAAUCCUGUGAUGGUUAUUUCUGACAGUAUACGUCAUUGAUUGAAAGUGCCUUAAGAGUCACAAACCACACCUGGUGUGCCUGAGAAUGUUCUCAGAGAGUAUUAACCCAGGGGGGAAACUCCUGCUGCAUUUGGGAGGCUCCAUCUGAUUUGCUAGGGGGUCCGUGUGAAAUAGGAGAAAGAGGAAACAGCUAGCAUGACCAUACUUUUGCUCUCUGGCUGUCAUAUAAACUGCACAGCUUUGCCAUGCCCUCCCCACCCCACCAUAAUAAACUGAAAACUGAGCAGAGCUGAGCUUUCCUUCCCUUAAGUUGUUUAUGUCUGGUGUGCUGCCACAGGGAUGAGGAAGCCAAAAUGGUUUCUUAGUACUUUAGGCGGCUUGCAGCUUACUCUCCCAGUUGUUACUCAUGACUGUGACAGCAGCAACAACAGAACACAGGUGCACUUUUCCUGCCAUGGAGAAGUAGCAGCAUCAGGAAAUGCUAUGUCUCCUUUUUAACAUCUGUCUCCUCUGCCUUUCCCAGUACCAGUUCAAGUUGAGGUACCUGUUCUGGCUUACUUCUGGAUGGUAUUUUCAUCCAGAGUCUGUUAAGAUUUGCACUUGGUGUACACUGCUGCAAGACCAGGGGAAAGCUGUGCUCACACCAGAGGGGGAACUGUCAGGCCACAGCUGGGCUGCUUUUGGAACCUUUCAGUGUGGCUCAGAUAAUUUCUCUCUCUCCUUGCUAGAUUGUGUGAGGUAGGACCACUUUUCAGUAGUCUCUCAUACAAUGCAUGGCAGCCCAAGUUGCCAAGUUGUGCUUUGUACUGAGGUUGGUUUUAAGCUGCAGGCUGAGAAUCAAAAAUAAGGAAAGAUCCCUGCCUUGACCUCAUGUGUUGAAAAGCAGGAUAUGAGUCUAUAAAGAUGGCUGUCCCUGGUCUGUAAAGAAAGGCUGAGGGCUGAAGUUCAUCACAAACCUGAGGGUAUUCUCUAUCCUUAUCAGCCAGGGACAAUACCCCAGAAAGGCCCCAGCACCAGCUUCUCCACAUCUGAGAAGAUGGUGUAAGAGAUUCAGACCUUUUCCUUUGUUUAGUUCUUCUCUGGUUUAUUUUUCUCUGUUGAAGAUAUUGUUCUAAACCAGACUGCUAAGCCACUGGUGGGUAUUUCUUAUUCCCUGGGUAACUCCUAUGUGGGUUUGAAAUACACAUGUUAAUAAGCUUCUGUUUGUUUUUUUUCUUGUUAAUCUGUCUUUUAUUACAGAGGCCCCAGCCAAGAAUUUAUACAGAUAGAGGGAACAUUUUUUCCCUCCCUUGUACCACACCAAAAUUGCCAAUUUAUAAUGACUGAAUGAGCAGGCUCUUACCUUAAUAUAUCCUUGGACUUGGCUGAAUAGACGUGACUUGUGUAAGAAACUAGCAGACUGUGGCAUUCUGCAGCAUAGCAGACCUGGAGUUGUGCAGUGGGUGGGAGCUUAGGGAUCACUAAGAGGGGAAAUGAAGGGGCACCUUGAUUAAAUUUCAGUUUAUUUCCUAACUCAGGCUUGUGCUUGUAAUGUUGUUAAGAGACAAUAGGCAGCUAGAAUGUGCUGUUUCAGAAGAGUUACAAAGACACAUUGUCCUCUAGAAAAAAAUUAGAUAUGGCGAAUGCACAUGAUUUUGUCAUUUUAAUAAAAUGAUAUUAAACUUACUGAUGAAUUAAAGAUUUCUUUUUCUACGUUACCCAUUUAAAAUAAAUUACAGUAUUUAAAACAUGUAGUUUUUGAGUUUUAAUUCAUGUGUAUUUACAUCAAGUUACCAUUUUAUAAGAGAUAAUAAACUUAAUUAAGUUAUGUAAUACUCAUCACAACCUGAAUUUUCUCACGGACCUUCAUAACCCAUCGUCCCUAGCUACCCCAUUCCAUCCUUAGACCAUGUACUACAGGAUAUUUGAUUAUUGUAUAUAGAAAAAGUAAUUGCUAGCAAAAUAUAAAAGCUUAAAUAGAUGUCAGAUGCAGUUAGGUCUGUUUGAAGAGAUGCAGUUUGGGUGCCUCUAAAAGGGUCUGUAGAUAAGAAUGCUAAAGAAUGGAAAGUUCCUGCCUAUUUUAAGGCAAGUUGCUUGGGAAAGGUCUUGUGGUCUUUGCUCUAUGACAUGAGGCAAUGUCUGCUGAUGGCCUUGAGCUACCCCAUCUUAAAGGUGAAAUGGUUCAGUUCCUACUGACUUGACUUGGAGCUCCCCAACCAAGACAAUAACAUGGUUCAGCCUGCCAAGGCUGUAGGGGAAGAGCUAGAAGCUUUUUACAAAUUUAUUUACUCACAUUACACCACAGUAUCAAUCCCUCUCCUCCCAGGAUCUCUCAUGCAGACUCUCCUCCAUUCUACCCUCCCUUUCUCCUUUGAGAAGAGGGAGCCCCUCUAGGUCCCACUAAGCAGGUACCUUCCCUACCUCUAGAUCAGGUUGCUGCAGGGGAACUAGGCACGUCCUCCCCCACUGAGACCAGUCAAGGCGGUCCCUUAGAGGACAAGGAACUGCAGGCAGGUAGGCAUGCAUGCAUGCAGGCAGGCAGGCAAUGGAUUUAGGGACAGCCUCCACUCCUCUUGUUGGGGGACCUGCUCCUGUUGUUGGGGAACCCACGUGAAGACCAAGUUGCUCAUCUGCUACAUCUGUGCAGUGGGCCUAGGUCCAGCUCCUGCUUGCUCUUUGGUUGGUGCUUCAGUCUCUGGGAGCCCUCAGGGAUCCAGGUUAGUUGACUCUGUUGGUCUUCCUGUGGAGUCCUAGCCCUCUUUGGGUCCCUCAAUUCUUUCCCCAACUCUUCCAUGAGAGUCACCAGGCUCCAUCUAGUGUUUGGCUGUGAGUCUCUGCGUUUCUUUCCAUUGGCUGCUGGGUGGAGCCUCUCAGAGGGCAAUUAUGCUAGGUCCCUGUCUGCAAACAUAACAGUAUCCUUAAUAGUGUAAGGGAUUGGUGCUUGCCCAUGGGAUGGGUCUCAAGUUGGGCCAGUUAUUGGUUGGCCAUUCCCUCAGUCUCUGCUCUUUGUCCCUGCACAUCUUGUAGGCAGUACACAUUUUAGGUCAAAGGUUUUAUAGGUAGGUUCCUGUUCUUAUCUCUCCAGUAGGAAUCCUGUCUGGCUAUAGGAAGUGACCACUUCAGGAUUCAUAUCCCUCACUACUAGGAGUCUGAGCUAGAGUCUCUCUGAUAGAACCAUGGAUCAAAGACCUCAAUGCAAAAUCAGAUACACUAAAUCUAAUAGAACAGGAAGUGAGGAAUGGCCUUGAACUUUGUACAGGAGACAACUUCCUGAACAGAACACUAAUGGCUCAAGCAAAAUCAACAAUCAAUAAACAGAACCUCAUGAAACUGAAAAGCCUUGGCAGACUGAACCUUUGACUUCUUCAAAGGACACUAUCAUUAGCACAAAAUGACAGCCUAGAGACAGGGAAAAGAUCUUCACCAACCCUACCUACAUCUGUCAGAGGGCUAAUAUCCAAAAUACAUAAAGAACUCAAGAAGUUAGAAACCAGCAAACCCAAUUAAAAAGUGGGGUACAGAACUAGGAGAAUUCUCAAUGGGAAUAUCAAAUGGCUGAGAAGCACUUAAAUGUUCAAUAUCCUUAGUAAUCAGGGAAAUGCAAAUCAAAAUGACUUGGAGAUUCCACCUUAACACUAAUCAGAAUGGCUAAGAUCAAAACCUCAAGGGACAGCAUAUACUGGCGAAGUUGUGCAGAAAGGGGAACACUCCUCCAUUGCUGCCGAGGGUGCAAACUUGUACAACCAUGCUGGAAAUAAUUUUGCAGCUUCUCAGAAGAUUGGGAAUAGCUCUCCUUCAAGACACAGCUAUACCACCCCUGGACAUAUACCCAAAAGAUGUUCUACCAUCCCACAAGUAAAAUUGCUCCACCAUGUUCAUAGCAGCUUUAUUCAUAACAGAAGCUUAAAAACAACCUAGAUAUCCCCCAACUGAAGAAUGGAUAAAGAAAAUGUGGUACAUCUACACUGUGGAAUACUAUUCAGUUAUUAAAACCAAGGACAACAAAUUUGCGGGAAAAUGGAUAGAACUAGAAAAUAUCCUGAGUGAUGUAACCUAGAUUCAAAAGGACAUAUAUGGUAUGUAUUAACUUAUAAAUGGGCAUUAGCCAUAAAAUAUAGGAUAACCAUGUAUCCUAGUUUGGGGUUUUAUUGCUGUGAAGAAACAACAUGACCAGGGCAACUCUUUAAAAAGAUUUAUUACUGAUUUUAUGUAUAUGAAUACACUGUCCCUGUCUUCAGACACACCAGAAGAGCACAUUAGAUCUCAUUACAGAUGGUUGUGAGCCACCAUGUGGUUGCUGGAAAUUGAACUCAGGACCUCAGGAAGAGCAGUCAGCUCUUAACUGCUGAGCCAUCUCUCUAGUCCCCCAAGGCAUCUCUCUUUUUUUUUUUUUUUUUUGAUAGAGCAAUGAGUUAUUAUUGGAGUUUUAACAGGAGUCUGGGUGAGGGACUUCUUACACGGAGUUGGGAUGAUGAAAAAGCACAGCUGUGUCAGUAGAAAGUCCACUCCAACAAGGCUGACUGAUGGACGACUGACUCAUGGAAGCUCCAACACUGGAACUCUCUGCACAGCUUAUAGGCAGUUGGACAGUCCAAGAAUUCCCUUUUCUCUGUGGUUAGGUUGGUCAUUUUUAAAAAUGUUCUUCUUGAAGGUUUUUAUUUAUGCAUAUGAACAUUCAAUUUGCAUGUAUGCCAGCAUGCCAGAAGAGGACAUCAGAUCCAUUAUAGAUGGUUGGGAGCCACCACGUGGCUGCCGGGAUUGAACUCAAGACCUCCAGAAGAGCAGUCAGUGCUCUUCACUGCUGAGCCAUCUCUACCAAGGCAUCUCUUAUAAAGGCUCAUAGUUUCAGAGGUUCAGUCUGUUAUCAUCAUGCAGGCAGACAUGGUGGUGGAGAAGGAUCUGGGGGUUCCAUGUUUUGUGCAGGCAGCAGAAGGGGACUGGAUUCCACGAGCAGCCAGGACGAGGCUCUGGAUCACACUGACCAGACUUGAAUGAUAUAUAUGAGACCUAAAGCCCUGACUCCACAGUGACACACUCAAGGCCAUACUUCCUCCAAUAAGGCCACACUUCCUAAUAGACCACUUCCUAAGAGCCAAGCAUAUUCAAACCACCACAUCAUGCUACAAUCCACAGACUCAAUGAAGCUAAAUAAUAAAGGGCGUUCAAGGGAGGAUUCUUGAAUCUCACUCAGAAGGUGAAAUAAAAUAGACAUUGGAGGAAUGCCUUUUUAAAAAAGCUCACACUGGGGAAGAAAAAUUCAGCACUGCUCCAUGCUGCCUGUUACCUUGGCCAUUGUAUGAAAGUCUCUCAUAGUACCUAAGGGCCACUGUCUAGUCUUUGCACUUGGCUCUCCAGCUUAAAGCCACAAUGGCAUACUACUUAAAACAAAGCAAGGCAAAACAAAACAAAACAAAACAAAACAAAACAAAACAAAACUGGGGCUUGAACUUGAUGUGGCAAGCUCUACCACUGAGCCAUACCCAGUUCUUUUUUUUUUUUUUUUUUUGGUUCUUUUUUUUUUCGGAGCUGGGGACUGAACCCAGGGCCUUGCGCUUCCUAGGUAAGCGCUCUACCACUGAGCUAAAUCCCCAGCCCCCCCAGUUCUUAAAAAAAGAAAAUUUUAACUCAGUUCCAUUGAGUUGCCCAGGUCAGCCUGGAUCUUUUGAUCCUCCUGCCUCAGCCUUCUGAAUAGCAGAAGUUAAAAGUUUUGUUAUUUGCAUCUGACAUUCAUUUAUGCUGCCAUAAAAAAAAUCACUACUUUUGGAGCCUGCACCCUGCCCUGGUGGGUGGGCCUGCAGCAGAAUAGCCAGCCAGGCCCAGAGCCCACUGGGCUGCACCCUUUUGGAGGCUGGGUUGAUGUCUGUGGCCCAUGUUGCCACCAAGGGCCAUACAAAGUGCAUGGUCAGUGUUGCAGCCUGAAGUCAUGUUGAUGUCUGUAAACCAUGUUGCUGCUGGGAGCCAUAUUGAUGUGGGUGGCCCAUGCUGCUACCUGAGGCUAUGUUGAUGUCUGCCGUCUGAGCAGCCUCCGAGGGUCUUGUCUGAAUCAGUGGUACAGCAGGGAGGUGUAUUUAUGGUCUCUGCUGUUGCUAGAGACUGGUGGAGGUCCAUGAUCUGGGUUCCUGCUGACGGUGAAGAACAGGAGAGUACUUUUGUUCUGAUAUCGAUGACUCACAGUCGAGAGGGAGGGACACGGAAGGCUUUUGUGACGACCCCCUAAAAAGUAGCAGCCUAAACAGGAAGCCAUUGAGCAGAACUUUCACCAAGUGUGGUAAGGACACUGAAGUUAGCUCUCCACAGUCGAUGGCUUCUGGCAAAGGUAUGGGAGGGGAAGGACUCAGUUCUAUUUAAGGGACAGGGCACUGAGAGUUUGACAGUGGUUCAGAGAGUAUACAGAUAACACAAAUUGGACUUUGUCUUAUUCUUUCUUAUUUUUAUUUAUAAUUUUUUUCUGGAGGGGGAACAAAGGGGAGUGGAUAUGGGAGGACCGGGAAGCGAUUGUGAUCAGGGUUCAUGAUGUGAAACUCCUGAAGAAUCAAUAAAAAUGUUAUGUGGGGAUAAAAAAAAAUCACUGUUUUUAAUGGGUUUCUAAUUAGGUUUGAGCCCACCCAAAUAAUGUCUUUUUAAGUAUAUUGUUAGUUGCUAAUAUUUUGUUGACUCUUUAAAAAUACUUGUUAUUUAAGUUUCAUACAUGUUUAUAUUGAAAUAUGAUCAUAUCUACUUCCCAUUUCCCCAACUCUUAAUCUCCAUCAUCCUUUCAUCUCAACUUCAUGAAUAUCUAUCUAUCUAUCUAUCUAUCUAUCUAUCUAUCUAUCUAUCUAUCUAUCUAUCUAUCUAUCUAUCUAUCUAUCUAUCUAUUUCCAGUACGAAUGUCCUUAAAAAGAUUGUUCCCCUCCCAGCA